CUUUAUUUCAACCUCACAUACUCCGGUCUCUCACAUAAUCUCCAGAAUCGAAAAUGGAGUCUGCCAUUGUAGUUAAACCUCCCAUCAUCAACGUUGCCGCCAUCUGCGGUUCCCUUCGCAAAGCUUCCUUCAACCAUAGCCUCAUCCGCUCCGCCAUUGAUUUGUCCAAGCAAUCUGUAGAAGGAAUGUCGAUCCAGUACGUUGACCUGUCGCCGUUGCCAAUGCUCAACACAGAUCUCGAAAUCGAUGGCAAGUAUCCACCUGCAGUAGAGGCUUUCCGUCAGAAAAUUCUUCAAUCUGAUUGUUUUCUAUUCGCUUCUCCCGAGUACAAUUACUCCGUGACUGCUCCUUUGAAAAACGCAAUCGAUUGGGCAUCUAGGCCACCGAACGUGUGGGCUGAUAAGGCUGCUGCUAUAGUCAGUGCCGGCGGCGGAUUUGGUGGAGGUCGGUCACAGUAUGUUCUCCGGCAAUGCGGUAUUUACGUAGAUCUUCAUUUCGUGAAUCAGCCGGAGUUUUUUCUGAAUGUGUUUGAAGCUCCUUCAAGGUUCGAUGAUGAAGGUAAUCUGAUAGAUCCUCAAGCUAAAGAGAGGUUGAAAUCUGUGCUUUUGGCGCUGAAAGUUUUGACGUUGAGACUUAAAGCUAAAUAAUCUGUUAAAUCACCUUCUAUUCUUGUUGGUGUUUCAUCUGCUUCUAUGAAUUGAAGGACAUGUUUUUCCUUUUAAUUAAAUUGAAGGAUAUGUUUUUUUUUAC